CGCAUUUUAUUUAUAUCUGUUAUUAUAAUAUGUGCAAUUAUUAUACAAAAAAGGUUUUCCUGUCGCAAUGUGGAAAAAUAUAACACCGCGAGGCCUAACGACUCCUAUGACAUCUUCAAUAUGGGAAAUGGGGUGCAAGGGAUACAAGAAGAACAACAUCUCACUCAAUCAGCAAAUUCACAGCAGCAAACAGAAGAAAAUGAAUCACAGGCUACACCAUUGAAUGAUGUCGAAAAAUGGGAAAGGGAAUCACAGGAAGAGUGCAAAGUACAGGUGCAAGGGAUACAAGAAGAACAUCUCACUCAGUCAGCAAAUUCACAGCAGCAAACAGAAGAAAAUGAAUCACAGGCUACACCAUUGAAUGAUGUCGAAAAAUGGGAAAGGAAAUCACAGGAAGGGUGCAAAGUACAGGUGCAAGAAUUGGAUGAAGAAAUACAGCUAACAAGAGGAGUGCAUUCACAGCAGCAAACAGAAGAAAAGCAGUGGUGGAAUCGGUUGUCAAAAUGCCAGAAAAGCUUUAUAGUUACCGUCUCUAUUUUAAUAUUAUUGAGUUGUACAUAUUUAUUAAAUUUACAAAAAGAUAGCAGAGUGAUAACAGUUGAAGAAGUUGAAGACAAGAGGUAUACUAUAAAGAGCUAUGUUGAAGAACCUAAACAAAUAGAAGAAGUUAAUGUUGAGGCCCAAGAAAUUAAAAGUAAUAAUAAUAAUAAUGAUGUAAAUAAAAAUGUUCUAGCCGUCCCCAAAGUUGAACAUAGAUUCUCUGGUCCUACAACACCAAGGCAAGCAGCCGUAGUUGAAGCCUUCAAACAUGCUUGGAAGGGCUACAAAAAGUUUGCCUGGGGACAUGAUAAUCUUAAACCUAUUUCAGAAGGCUUUACUGAAUGGUUUGGAUUAGGUUUAACUAUUGUGGAUUCCUUAGAUACUAUUUUCAUUAUGGGUCUUGAUGAAGAGUAUGAUGAAGCAAGAAAUUGGGUCGAUAAACAUUUAAAUUUCGAUGUGAAUAGGGAUGUCAAUUUAUUUGAAGUUACGAUCCGAGUUUUGGGAGGGUUACUUAGUAUAUAUCACUUUAGUAAAGAUGAUAUGUUCUUAAAAAAAGCGACUGAAUUAGCAGAUAGGUUACUUCCAUGCUUUGAUUCCGAAUCUGGCAUUCCAUAUUCUGACAUAAACUUAUUUACUAGAAAACCACAUGCACCCAAGUGGUCACCAGAUAGUAGCACUUCAGAAGUUACUACCAUACAAUUAGAAUUUAGAGACCUGAGUAGGGUUACAGGGGAUCCCAAAUAUGAGAAUGCCGUCGAAAGGGUGUCAAAAAUAAUCCACAAAUUAGACAAAAAAGAUGGAUUAGUUCCUAUAUUUAUUAAUGCAAAUACUGGUCAGUUCCGCACUUACGCUACUAUAACGGUAGGAGCAAGAGGUGAUAGUUAUUACGAAUAUUUACUUAAGCAAUGGGUACAGACUGGAAAAACUAUAGACUACUUAAAAGCAGAUUACUUAGAAAGUAUAGCAGGAAUGGAGACGCAUCUUGCACGAAGAACAGAACCAAAUCGGUACCUGUUUAUCGGAGAACUUUUGGGUGGCGGCAAAGAUUUUAAACCCAAAAUGGACCAUCUCACCUGUUAUUUGCCGGGAACUUUGGCUUUGGGUGUUCAUAACGGGUUGCCGAAAAAACAUUGGCAAUUAGCCGAAGAUCUUUUGGACACGUGCUAUCAAACUUAUGCAACACAACCCACAUUCUUAGCACCUGAGAUUACUUACUUUAAUAUGCAGACUGGAAAUUCCAAAGAUAUGUAUGUAAAAUCAAACGACGCACACAACUUACUUCGUCCAGAAUUCGUAGAAAGCCUGUGGUACAUGUAUCAACUUACCGGAAACACCACCUACCAAGACUGGGGUUGGAAGAUAUUCCAAGGCUUUGAAAAAUACACUAAAGUAGUUAACGGCUAUACGUCCAUAGGAAACGUCAGAAAUGAAGCGAGCGUCAGACCACAAGACAAAAUGGAAUCGUUUUUCCUCUCAGAAACGUUGAAGUAUUUGUAUCUAUUAUUUAGUGACGAUCCUAAAUUGUUGAAUCUAGACAAAUACGUUGUUAAUUCCGAAGCACAUCCGCUGCCGAUAUACUCAAAUUAGGAAGAAGUAUUAAAUUAGAACUAAUUAUAUACACUUAUAACAUUUUGUUAAUAUUUCUAGUCGUUUUUAUUAUUUUCGAAAGAAAUAUAUGUUAAACUCUA